AUGGACUAUCUGAGAUCAAUGGCAAGUAGUCCAGUUUAUGAAUUUCCAUACACUGGCAAUCAGCUACAAUCAGUACCACUUUUUAAUAAUGAUAUAAGUGCACUAUUAUCGAAUAUUACACCAACAUUAGGUAAUCAAUCUACCUUUCAACCUGGAUCAAUCACACUAAAUUGCGUUCCACAAAUAAAUGCAACUGUCGUUGACCGCAAUCCGGUUGUGUAUGAAGUACCAGAAAAUGUUCCGAUGGAAACAAUUUUAAACCAUUUUGGUGUUGAUGUGUAUUCAUUAAAACGAACUGACUCUAUCAGUAAUUAUUAUCGAUGUCAAUCUAAUCCAAUGGAAAUUACGAUUACUUCUCCUUCAUGUCGUCGUCGUCGUCUUGUUUGUCGCGAAGUUACAGAUUCAGAAGAUGAUAACUAUGAUAGACGUCCAUUACCUCAUCCACGAAAUUAUCCUAAACUUGAUUUAAAUCGUCCGAAAGAGCCUCCAGUUGCUCUUCAUGACUUAUUAAGUAAUGUAUGGAGUAAAGCAAAACGAGGAUCGGAAUCUUUGCCGCGAUCUGCUUCAGAUCCUAAUAUUAGCCAGCAAUGGGAAGCCAUGAAGAAUAGUAGUCUUCCACCAAGCAAUCCCAAUUUAAAUAAUGUCUGGCAAGCCAUGAGAAAUAGUCCACCGCCACCUCUACCGAACAAUCCUAGUUUGAAUAAUGCCUGGCAAACCAUGAGAAAUAGUCCACCGCCACCAAGCAAUCCUAAUAUAAAUAAUGCCUGGCAAGCCAUGAGAAAUGCAACUCCACCAAUGACACAACAAGAACGAAAUGCAGUUAAUAAUGUUUGGCAAAGUGCAAAUUUUGAGAGUACCCAGAAAUCUAAUCGUCUUGCAAAUAUCUUCCGUAAAAUGCAAGUAACACCUGGCACUGUUAUUCAACCAUCGCCGUGGAUACCACCAAAUAAUCCAGCUAUACGAAAUGUUUGGAAUCAAGCGAAUCUAGCAUCAGCAUCAAUGCCUAACAAUCCUUGGAAUCCAAUGCCAUCACAGCGACCAAUAUCACCGCCACCGCCACCACCACCAUUUUAUCCAUCACAACCAGCUGCUAAUCUUGCAUGGAAUCGCAUGCUACAAGGCGCAAAUUCAUCACCCAGUUCUCCUUUACCGUAUCCAUCAAUGGGUGCACUACAGCAUAGUCCAAAUAGAGCACCUGCUCCAUCAUCGUUUGCCUCAGUACUCUCUCAAGCACAAAGACAACAUUCACCUUACGUUGGGACCUGA